AUGGAGAAGAUAAAAAUCCCGACUGGAAAAUACGAUGGUACGACGGAUCCAGAGGAUUACUGCACCACGUUCGAACAACACAUGAUGUUGUACACAGAUUCCGACGCCAUGUGGUGCAAGGUGUUCCCAUCCACACUCUUAGGAGUCGCAGCGAGCUGGUAUAAGGGCAUAGAGGCUCAGUCCAUUUACAGCUUCAGACAACUGCAGGCGGCAUUUUUGUCACGCUUUGUGAGCAAGCAGAAAAGAAAGAAAUCGUCGGGAGAGCUAAUGUCGUUCGCUCAAAGAGAUAGAGACCCGUUGAGAGACUAUCUCACCCGCUUCAAUAACGAGUCAAUCACUAUCCCCAACCUGCAGCAGGAGGUGGCGGUUCUGGUUUUGAUGAGAGGAAUGCAAGAGUGUGAAUUCAAGAAAUACCUCAGCCGUAAAUCAUACACUAAUCUGGGCGAUGUCCUACACAAGGCAAAUGAAUACAUAAGGGGGGAUUAA